AUGGUUCAUGAGCCAGCAGAGGAAGCCCCUGAAGAAGCUGAUGAAGGCGGCGAAUACUAUGAUGAGGAGAAGCCCAGAAUAAAACUAACUGCUCCUAAAAUACCAGAGGGUGAGAAAGUAGAUUUUGAUGACAUCCAAAAGAAAAGGCAGAACAAAGACCUGAUUGAACUGCAGGCCUUGAUUGACAGCCACUUUGAAGCCAGGAGAAAGGAAGAGGAAGAGCUGGUUGCCCUCAAGGAGAGGAUUGAGAAACGGAGAGCUGAAAGAGCAGAGCAACAGCGAAUCCGGGCUGAGAAGGAGAAGGAGCGUCAGGCAAGGCUUGCGGAGGAAAAGGCACGUAGAGAGGAAGAAGAUGCCAAGAGAAAAGCUGAGGAUGAUCUCAAGAAGAAGAAGGCUCUGUCCUCCAUGGGUGCCACAUACAGCAGCUAUCUGGCUAAGGCUGAUCAGAAGAGAGGGAAGAAGCAAACAGCUAGGGAGACAAAGAAGAAGGUCCUGGCAGAGAGGCGCAAGCCCUUGAACAUUGACCACCUUAAUGAAGACAAGCUGAGGGACAAGGCUAAGGAACUGUGGGACUGGUUGUACCAACUGGAGACUGAAAAGUAUGACUUUACAGAGCAGAUCAAGAGGAAAAAAUACGAGAUUGUCACCCUCAGGAACCGCAUCGAUCAGGCUCAGAAGCACAGCAAGAAGGCAGGAGCCAAGGGCAAGGUUGGUGGGCGCUGGAAGUAA